UGGCGCUGUGAAAGUGAGGGAAGGGCGGAGGUGGAGAGAGGGACAGCAGAGCCGAGGGGAUUACUGACGACGAAGAGGGAGGGUGGUACCGAGGCGCUUGAGUGUCGUUCUGCCUUCCCGCGGUCAGCUCGGGGCGUCGCGAUGCAGCGGGACUACAACCCGAACUUCUCGGGCGUCGAGGACCCGGACGGCAUUGCGUGCAGUCGCUUCCAUGUGAAACUGGUGGAUGAGCGGCCCGCGUCCGGGCUCUCGCAGGACGACGAGCCGCCCGAGUACGCGGCGCCUUCCUUCGAGAGCGAGGAAGGGCUGAGCCGCCUCCACCCGUUCGAAUAUCGGGGCCCGGGGAGCGGCUUCCCGACCUGCGACCCUCUCCGCCCCGAUACCCUCUUACAGACUUACGACACUAUCACCAAUUCCCACCUGAAGACAUUCGGGCACAAUACAGUGGACAAGGUGCCCCGCAUCGACUACUACCGCAAUACCGGUAGCUUCAGCGGCGUCAAAGUCAACAGGCCAACCCUGGCCGAUCUCCAUGAAGACCUGAAGACGGAUAUUGUGUCAGUUCCUGGUACAGUGGAAGGUAUUACCAAUGGUGAUGGUGGAUUAAGUGAUGAAGCAGGAAGAAAACCUCCAGAAAAUGAAUUAGUGAGGUUUGGAUGGAUCAAAGGUGUGCUGGUACGGUGCAUGUUAAAUAUAUGGGGAGUGAUGCUUUUUAUUCGACUGUCGUGGAUAGUUGGUCAGGCUGGAAUAGGUCUUGGUGUGAUCGUCAUUUGCUUAAGUACAUUAGUAACUGUCUUAACGGGUAUUUCAAUGUCAGCCAUUUGCACCAAUGGAAUUGUUCGAGGAGGAAUGGGCAAGCAUGGACUGAUGGCAUGGAUAAAGGGACAUCGAUAUUGGGCUGCAGUUUCAACUGUGCCCAUGGGAUCACUAGGUGGUGCAUACUAUCUCAUUUCCAGAAGUUUGGGACCAGAAUUUGGUGGAUCGAUAGGCUUAAUCUUCUCCUUUGCUAAUGCUGUAGCUGUGGCUAUGUAUGUCGUUGGAUUUGCAGAAACUGUGGUGGAUAUUCUGAAGGAAAAUAAUGCACUCAUGGUAGAUCCAAUCAGUGAUAUCCGAAUAAUAGGUUGCAUUACAGUAGUAAUACUACUUGGAAUAACUGUAGCUGGCAUGGAAUGGGAAACCAAGGCUCAAGUUAUUCUUCUGGUAAUUCUUCUAGUUGGAAUUUGUAACUUCUUUAUUGGAACUGUUAUUCCAAGUAAUACUGGGAAAAAAGGCAAAGGUUUCUUUAACUACCAAGCUGACAUAUUUGCAGAGAAUUUUGGACCAUCUUUUAGGGAUGGAGAAGGUUUCUUCUCUGUUUUUGCAAUCUUUUUCCCAGCUGCUACUGGUAUUCUUGCUGGUGCCAACAUCUCAGGUGAUCUAAAGGAUCCUCAAGUAGCCAUCCCUAAAGGAACAAUGUUAGCUAUCUUCAUAACUUCUUCAACUUAUAUUGCUGUUGCCGUCUGUGUAGGUGCCACAGUUGUGCGUGAUGCCACUGGAGGUGUGAAUGAUACCUUAAGUUCCACUACAAACUGCAAUGGUUCAGCAGCCUGUAAACUGGGAUAUGAUUUCUCUAUCUGUAACACACAGACAUGCAAUUUUGGUUUAAUGAAUAACUUCCAGGUUAUGAGCAUGGUGUCUGGAUUUGGACCCCUCAUCACAGCUGGAAUCUUUUCAGCCACUCUUUCUUCUGCCCUGGCCUCUUUAGUCAGUGCGCCCAAGAUUUUUCAGGCACUCUGCAAGGAUAAUAUUUAUAAGGGGCUUUAUUUCUUUGGAAAAGGAUAUGGGAAGAAUGGUGAACCUAUUAGAAGCUAUAUUUUGGCAUUCUUUAUUGCUGUUGCAUUCAUUCUGAUUGCUGAACUGAAUACUAUUGCACCUGUUAUCUCAAACUUUUUCUUGGCCUCGUAUGCUCUUAUCAAUUUCUCAUGUUUUCAUGCUUCAUAUUCAAAAACUCCAGGGUGGCGACCUGCCUUUAGAUUAUACAACAUGUGGUUCUCGUUACUUGGAACUAUUUUGUGCUGUGCAGUCAUGUUCGUCAUCAACUGGUGGGCAGCUGUAAUCACAGUUGCAAUCGUGCUAUUCCUUAAUAUUUAUGUUAUUUACAACAAACCAGAGGUGAAUUGGGGCUCUUCAGCACAAGCCAUGUCUUAUGUCACUGCACUACAAGAUGCUCUUUCACUGACUGGGGUGAAUGAUCAUAUUAAGAACUUCAGGCCACAGUGCAUUGUAUUGACAGGAUCACCCAUGUCCAGACCAGCUUUGUUGGAUUUAACUCUUUCUUUCACAAAAAAUUUCAGUUUGUGCAUCUGUAGUCAAGUAUACAUGGGUCCACGGAAGCAGUCAGUCAGUGAAAUUAAUAUGAAUAUGGAUAAAUACCAGCAAUGGUUAUCAAAGAACAAGAAGAAAGCCUUCUAUGCAGCAGUGGCUGGAGAAAAUCUGCGAGACGGAGUAAAGUGCUUACUUCAGGCUUCUGGACUGGGUCGAAUGAAGCCGAAUACACUUGUGAUUGGAUACAAGAGAGACUGGCAUACUAUUAAUUUUCGAGAUGUUGACAAUUACGUUGGCAUUUUGCAUGAUGCCUUUGAUUUUGAAUAUGGUUUGAUAAUUCUGAGGAUUAGCCAAGGACUUGAUAUAUCUCAAAUACUUCAAAUCCAAGAAGAAUUACAAAGAAAAGAGCAAGAAAAACUAGCAUUGGAAUCUGCUAAGAGAGAGGAACAAGAGGAUGGAAAACGAGGAAUCCGUUCACUGAAGUUCUUGAACAGAGCUGUGAAACAAAAUGCAAAUACUUCAUUAGCAGUGAAUACUCAGAAGAGCUUCAAAAUCUCUACUGGUUAUGCUGCAAAUUUCAAUCAACGCUUAUUGGAAGCUAGUGCGCAAUUCAAAAAGAAUCAAGAGAAAGGCACAGUAGAUGUUUGGUGGUUGUUUGAUGACGGAGGCUUGACUAUUCUUAUUCCUUAUCUGUUAACAACACGGAAAAAAUGGUCUGGUUGCAAAUUGCGUAUCUUUAUCGGAGGGAAGGUGGACAGUAUUAAUGAAGAGAAACGCGCAAUGGCCGCACUUCUGGGAAAAUUCAGGAUUCAGUGUGCUGACAUCAAGGUCAUUGGAGACAUUAAUGUGAAACCUAGCAAGGAGAGCUGGAAAGCAUUUGAAGAAUUGAUUGAACCAUAUCAACUGCAUGAAAGCUCCAAGGAUCCUGCAACUGCUGAGAUAUUGCAGAAGGAGUAUCCAUGGAAAAUUACUGAUGCUGAGCUAGAGAGAUUUAAAGACAAGACAUACCGUCAAGUCAGACUCAAUGAACUUCUACAGGAGAACUCCCGAGCUGCCAACAUCAUUGUUGUGAGUCUGCCAAUUGCAAGAAAAGAAGCUGUAUCAAGCUACCUAUAUAUGGCUUGGUUGGAGAUUCUUUCCAGAAAUCUACCUCCUGUCUUAAUGAUCAGAGGAAAUCAAAAAAAUGUGCUGACCUUUUACUCCUAAUUGUAACGUUGCAGCAAAUGCCACAUUUAUUUAUCAUACGGUAUAUUUGAGAGUUGCCUAGAGGGAAUCUCUUAAUCUAAGUAGCAAUCGGGCUUAAUUCUUGUUUCUAUAAUUCUCUGAUGCAUUUCACAAAUAAUGACAAUAGUUAUCCCUCUUCUGAAAUUGUAUUCUCAUGUAUGGUCACCAUCUGUAAUUGUAAGGUUAAUAUGCUGCUGUGUUAAUGAUUUGUAUUUUCACUGUAAUGUUACAAAGGUGGAAUAUUACUCUAACUUGUGUAGUCAUUACACCAAAGGGAAGUAAUCAUCAUGUUGCAAUCAUCGAGUUCCAAAAUCAUUUGGCUUUUAAGAUCUUAGUGGGGUUUUCAGUCCAUUUUACAGAACAAUAUUCUUUCAUCUGAGCACAAAAAAACACUUUAUCCCUCAUUUUGAACUAUAAUUAUGUACAGUGUAUUAUUCAACAUUGAGCUUAAGCAUAAGCAUAGAUUGAGAAAAAUCUAAUAUUGUCUGUCAAAGUCACAUUCUGGAACACAGAAUCAAAACUUGGCUAAAAGAAAGAUGAGAAUAUGUUAAAUGAGAUGCAUUUUCUUAACAAAAAUUCUGGAAAGCACAAAACAUUUUUUCAUGUGGUAAUUAUAUUUGGAGGAAUUACUUGUAAUAUGACACAGAUAUUUUUGUUGACAUGCAGAGUGUACUUUUCCAUGACUUCAGUUUAACUGUGUAAUCUGCAUAACAUUAAUGAAAACCUUGUGUCAAGUAAUUAAGUAAUUGUUGAAAUAAAUUACACUAGAAUUUAAUGUUACCCUUUUUCUUCAAAACAGUAGGAUAGAAUAUGCAUUCUCUACUACUUUCACAAAAUGAUACUCUUUUUUCUGUUUAAAUUUAUUACCAUAUAACAAUUAUAUUUAUAUUAAAAUAUUACAUGGCUUGGAUUUUUAAAAUGA